GAAUAAAUCUUUUAAUCCCCGAUGAUUCCCCGGUAUAACCUCCACGUCAUGUGACCAUUUUCGGAGGGGGAGUUCAAACGAUAACAUCCUAGAUAAUACCAACCACUUACAUUUGCUCAGGUUGGUUACACCAGUUACACCAAGCUGCCGAAUAUGUGAGGCUGAUGAUCAUAUAUCAGAAAAACAUCUUUUGCGCACUUCUUGAACAGUGGCGAAGAGACAAGAGUUGUGAUGAAAACGCACAUCUUCAAUUUCACUCACAUCGCACAAGUCCAGUAGUACUCUUCACAUAUCAUGAAACCCUGAUAAAGGAAAGCAGAGCACCAGGCCAUCUCAGCGAACGUUGCGCUGAAAACUUAUAGCCUUGUUACACUUAUCCGAUCACAAUUACGUUGAGCUCAAAGUGAACAACGACAUCUGUACAGCAGCGACUACCAGAGAUGGACGUUACAGAGGAGGAGCUGGAUCCUUUAUGGAAGGAUCUCGAUUGGUAGGUUAUGAGCCACUUAUACAGAGGCUGAGUAGUACGCUGACAAAAUGAAGGGCUAUGGGACAGUGAGUCUAUUCUUAGUUUGCUGAGCUGUAUAUGGUAACAAUUUACGGCUUCGCAAUAAUGUGUUUGACCAUAUGUACUGAUAAGGAAUAUCUGGUUCUAGAUGCUUUAUGAUGGGAUUUGAAGGGACCGUGGUUACUCCUCAGAUCAGGACUCUUAUUGAAGAUCAUCACCUAGGUGCUAUCCUGUUGUCGACGAAGAAUAUGAAGUGUAAUAAUUUGUAUUUCUUAUUCUGCUUGUAGUGUUUCUGUUCUUCCAUCGUUUCGUAAUUCAAUGGCUAGAUGGCAUUGAGCUUGGGCUUAUCACGUUGAUGGGUAUUGACCAGCCAUGUGAUUUGUCUUUCACUCAUAUAUUCACGUGCAUUGCUUUCAUAUGAUGUUAUUGUUCUUCAAGCUUCCUCGAAAGCAGACGUUAACUUGAGUAGCUGCCCGCGAGACAGCAAAUCUAGUACAGGAGCUUCAAGCGAUCGCACAUCAAGCCGGACAUCUAGUACCUUUAAUCAUUGCUCUUGAUCAAGAAAAUGGCGGCGUCAAUAGUCUCUUCGAUGAGGAUUAUAUCUGUCAAUUUCCUAGUGCGAUGGGAAUGGCAGCUACAGGGUCACCUGAGCUUGCAUACGAAGUUGCUAAUGCCACGGCCAAAGAGCUGUCAGCAGUUGGAGUUAACAUGAUUAUGGGUCCAUGUCUUGAUGUUCUAACAAAUGCUCGUUAUCAACCUUUGGGUGUCAGAGCUACUGGGGAUGAUCCUCAAGAAGUUUCUCAAUAUGGCAUUGCUGCCAUGAAUGGAUAUAAGGAUGCUGGAAUCGCUACCUGUGGGAAACAUUUUCCAUCUUAUGGGAAUUUAGAUUUCUUAGGAUCAUCUCUUGAUAUGCCCAUCAUUACAGAGACUCUUGAACAGUUAAGUCUUGGUGCUCUUGUUCCAUUUAGAAAUGCUAUUCGUGAAGGAAUGGAUUCUAUAAUGGUUGGUGGAUGUGCUAUAGCAAAUGCUGGUUUGUUUGUCUCCCCCAUUAAUGAAUGGAAUCAUUAACACUACAUAGGAAUGAAUGUUAUGCACGCUUGUCUUAGUGACCAGGUUGUGGAUGAUCUCCUACGUAACGACCUUGGAUUCAAUGGUGUAGUUGUUUCCGAGUGUCUUGAAAUGGAAGCGUUAAGUCAUGAUAUCGGCGUCAGAGGUGGUACAGUCAUGGCAGUAGAAGCUGGAUGUGAUAUGGUUCUUCUCUGUCGUUCUUACUCUGUUCAACGAGAAGCCAUUGCAGGAUUAAAACUCGGUCUGGAAAACGACAUGAUUUCUCGGGAACGUAUUAAUCUGUCUCUGAAACGAGUACUCAGGGUUAAAUCACAAUGCACAUCUUGGGCUAAAGCUUUAAAUCCUCCGGGAAUCAACCAUCUAGCAUCUUUACAUCCUCAUCAUCUCGCUCUAUCGACUAAAGCAUACGACCACUCCAUAACCAUCAUGAGAGACAAAGGUCAUCUACUUCCACUGUCGAAUAGUUAUUCCGAGGAUGAUGAUGAUCUUCUCCUUCUCACACCUUUGGUAAAGCCAUUACCUGCGUCAACCGCAACUUUCAAUAACGAAAAUUCAAAAUCUGCCAAUACUGAAUCUGAAAAGUCACACAGAUCAUCAAUCAUGAGCGGUGAAGGUGUAUUUCGAGAAUUAGGAAGGACUUUAGCACGUCAAAGACACGGAAGACUACUUCAUACAUCAUAUACCGCAAACGGUGUUCGACCUGUUCAUGAGAAUUUGAUUAAUAGAGCAGGGACUAUUAUCAUCAUAACAGCUGAUGCAACACGAAAUUUAUAUCAAAAUGGCUUUACAAAACAUGUUGCGAUGAUGUGUUCAAUGCUUAGUUCAGCUGGCAAGAAGAAAUCAUUAAUUGUGGUUUCGGUUAGUUCUCCUUAUGAUUUUGCUAUGGAUAAAAGUAUUGGAACAUAUGUUUGUACUUUUGAUUUUACGGAGACAGCUAUGAAAGCAUUGGUGAGAGCAUUAUUUGGUGAUUUUGUUCCUCAAGGAACAUUACCUGGCACACUGAGGAAAAGUAGGAAAGUACAAAAAUCUAGACAACAUUGGUUGGUGGAGAGUUAUAAUAGAGAUAGAGAUGCGAGGGGUCUUCAAGCACUCAUUACAUCUAUUGAAAAGACGACGCCGCCGAAUCAACAACCUGCAUUAGCUGGUGCAACAGCAGAUUCAUUCGAAUUGGUAUGUCUAUUCUAAUGCUUUUCAUAACUCAUAGAAAUUUGCAUCUCCAUUUACAUAUUAAAAUCACUAACACUAUUGUCCUUCUUUCCAGCCACCAGCAUCAAACAACACCCCACUCGAAGAAUCUCACUACGUCGUCCGCAACAGCAGUACUCAAGCACUCUUCGGAUUUUGCUCCACCACCUACUCCCCAAGUACUCACACCGGUACUAUCUCUACCCUCUUCGUUGACCCCUCCAAACGUAACCUCUCAAUCGGACACUCCCUGCAUCAACGUGCUCUCCGUCACCUCCUCCAAAAACCCAACAUUACCCACCUUCAACUCGGUUCUACCCUUCCAGCCAUCUAUCUCGGUAUCCCAAUGAGCGAUCUAACCGAAGGCGCACGUCUCAAACGUUGGUUCGCAACAAAUGGCUGGGACGUCCUAACCCCACGAUUUCUCUACACAUUAAUAAUCCGCAACCUCGCACUUUGGACACCACCAGAAGGGUUACUAGCAACCAUCCAACGAGUAUCCCUCCAAUUCGAUCUAAUCCACGGGCCAUCAAACUCCGCAACCCAAGUCCUCGAUUUCGUACAAACCCACUCGUCAAGUGUCGAAAUCCACAGUCUCUAUAAUCUCGCCAUCAUGGAUCCUAAAUCUUGCGGUAUCGUACGUGCUAAAUCACCAAUCGAUGGUUCCCUCGUUGGUACCGUUAUUAUAUCUCGUUCCGAUACAUUGCUUUCGCGCUGGAUGCCUGUACUUUCUUCUUCUCCCUCUUCGUACUCUCAUUCUAACUCUCAUUCUGGCUCGAAUUCUAAUUCUCACAUAAACCCAAAUAAUGGAGAAGGUAAAGAAAAAGAAGAUAAUAGAGAGGGAAGUGGAAAUGGAAAUAGGAAUGGGAAUGGAAAUGGAAAUGCAGUAGGGGGAAUCCUAGCCCCAAUCAUCCCAUCGAAUAACGCGCAGAGAGAAAUGAUUUUGCAGGGUUUAGUCAUGUUGAGUAUUCGACAGAAUAAAAAUAAGGGGGAUGGGAAAGGAGUCGUGUUGAAUUGGGUGGUGGGUGGUGAUAGGGAUGUUUUGUUAGGGAUGGGUUUCGAUGUUUUAGAAGCGUGGGAGGAGGUUGUUUGUUCGGUUGAGAGGGUGAGUUUAUUUUGAUAUAUUUUUUUUUAGGAUGCGAUGGAGAUGAGAUGUGAGAAGAUAUGAUAUGCUAACGUGUAUAUUUUUUUUAUAGUGGAGUGAGAUGAAUCUAGGUUGAGAAGAGAAGGAAAUGGAAGUGAAAGUUGGAUAUGCUGCUAUCUUUUAUGUAUUUUAUAUAGAGAAAUUUGUCAAUCCGGAUUAUUA